AGCAUCGUGAUCCUUUUUUCUCCUUUCACUGUCUUUACUCGCCGCUUUGGUUCUUGUCUUCGCCUGCUUCUCCCACACGUGUCAUCAUUGCUGACCUCGGAACCUGCAUGAAAGCACCGCGGAGCUGAGGACAAUAGUGGCGGAGGAGCAGAGUGGAGAAGAUAUGGGCAAGUAUAUGAAGAAGGCCAAGGCCUUGGGCGGUGGGGUAGCGCUCAUGGAGGUGCCAGUGCCACACCCUUCACACCUUGGCGUUUGCACACGCGCCCGAACGCUAGCGCUGCAGCGUCUUCAGAGUCCCUCAGCAUCGUCGCCUGCCUCCUCUUCAUCCUCAUCUUACCUCCAGCUCCGCUCCCGCCGACUCCACAAGGUCGCCUCUCCCACUUCGAAGCCUAAGGAAAGCCCUAACCCUAGCCCUAGCACCAAAUCGAGUGGAAAGGUGGGACCUUGUUUGAGGCCUAGGGCGAUGGCACAAGAGAGGUGCGGUGGAUCGAGGAAAGAGGCGGUCGUGUCUGAGGCCUCGCCGGGGAGUGAUGCCGGGGUUGAGGUGUCUUUAGGGGAGAACGUGCUGGAUAGCGAGGCGAGGAAUAGGAACACAAGGGAAACUACACCUAGUAGUCUGAUUAGAAAUUCAGAAACUAUUUUGACUCCUGGCUCUACAACCAGAGCUGCUAGUUCUGUGGCUGUUAACAAAAGAAAUGAGAACUCUGGGUGCAGACAAAUUCCAACAGCACAUGAGAUGGAUGAGUUCUUUAACGAGGCAGAGAAAGUUCAGCAGCGAAUUUUUACUGAAAAGUAUAACUAUGAUGUCGUGAAUGAUUGUCCUCUUCCCGGCCGUUUUGAAUGGGUGAAACUGGAUUCACAAUCAACUGAUGAUCAACCAUGAGCAUUUUAACUUCUCCGUGCUCUAAUUUCUCCGUCAUCGUUGUUGUAAAAAUGGUGGUGUUAGUCUGGGAUAGUGUAGUUGUUUAGUCUAAUGAUCUGAAACAUGUAGAGCUGAUGACCAUACCUAGUUAGAAACAUAACCGGAAAAAUCAGUCUUACGGAUCAUUUUGUCAAGCUCUUCUUUCAUGUACAUUGGGUAGCUGGGGGUGUAAUUUUGUGUACAUUUCUGCUAAUGUCAUUGAAAAGUUCUAGUUU